CCCAUCUGGUCAGCAUUGAACUCUGUGGUUGUGAUUUUGGACACAUCUGAGGAAGAGGACUGCUUAACAAGGGACCCAGAGGGAUAAUGGAGUCCACACUGAUUCUGGUUCUUAUGCUGGCACAGUUAGGCGGCCAAACAGUCACAGCAAGAGUUCUUGAUCAACCAGAGCCCAGAAAUUAUGACUACACCAAAUACCACCCACUACCAGAGAUUGUCAAUUGGAUGAAGCAGAUGGUCACUGAAAACCCAGGUGUGGUGACCAGUGAGGUCUACGGAAUGUCUUAUGAGAAACGAAACAUUGAACUCCUCAAGAUUGGAAUAAAAGGUGAAAACAAGAAGGCUAUCUGGAUGGACUGUGGUAUCCACGCUAGAGAAUGGAUCUCACCAGCGUUCUGUCAGCACUUUGUCAAAGAGAUUCUCCGAACUUACAAAACAGACCCAAAGGUGGAACAGAUGCUUAAAAACCUGGACCUCUAUGUCACCCCGGUGCUAAAUGUGGAUGGCUACACAUACACCUGGACAGAUAACACGACCCGGCUCUGGAGAAAAAACAGAUCACCACCACCACCGAUUGAAGGUUGCAAUUGCACGGGCGUAGACCUCAACCGCAAUUAUGAUGCUGUAUUUGGGACCGUUGGUGUGUCUUCGGACUGUUGCAGCAUAAUCUACCCUGGUCCCAACGCCGCAUCAGAGGCUGAGACCAAGGCCGUGGUGGACUAUGUGCAGGCCAGGAGCAAAGACAUCAUCUGCUUCCUGACCAUACACUCCUAUGGACAAAUGAUCCUCUUCCCCUAUGGCCAUCCCCACAUCAAGGCCCCCAACUAUGAUGAACUGACAGAGGUUGUGAAUGCUGCAGGGAAAGCCAUCAAGGCAGUUCAUGGAAUGGACUAUGUGGUGGGAGCUCUCGCAGAAGUACUGUACCCCGCGGGAGGCACCUCCAUGGACUGGGCUCGUCUCAUCGGCAUCCCUUACUCCUUCACCUUCGAGCUGAGGGACAAAGGAGACUUCGGCUUCGAGCUGCCCGAGGACCAGAUCCAGCCAACCUGUGAGGAGGCCUACGAGGGAGCGCGCUCAAUCCUGACCUACGUGCACGAUAAGACCUUCUACAAUGCAGCUGCCAGUCUAACUGCCACCGUGUGGACGACACUUCUAGCCACGUGGCUCACUAGCGCCACCCUGCUGUAGAGACACUGCAUUGGCUGACAGAGACAAAAAAUGCAGACCUACAAUACUUGUACAUUUGGGAACUGAAUAUAGAAAAAAGCUGAAUUCCUCCAUGAGACAAUGUUUGCGUGAUAUGUGUCAGGAGGUUGCAAUAGUGGGUACUAACACUUUACUUGACGCCGGUGUCAUAAGCAUGUCAUUACAGUUUCAUAUUAGUGUCAUGGCACUGGUUAUGCAUGUGUCAUAAACAUUAUGUCCAUGUCAUUAACAUUUUAAGACUGUCGGCCUUAAGUGAC